AUGUCAGACGGAAAGUUAGAAAAGAUGGAUAAGGACUUUAGUCCUCAAGUAGAUGUCCUUUUGCCUGAAACUGAAUCUUUGGCUCAGCAAGGCAAACUAAAUGAAGCUUUGGAAAAAUUAUUGUCUCUUGAAAAGCAAGCUAGAAACGCUGCUGAUCAAGCUUCUACUGGUCGUAUUCUAGUUCAAGUCAUUAAAUUGUGUCAUCAAGUCAAUGACUGGAAGUUAUUGAAUGAACAAAUCAUCUUGUUGUCCAAGAAACAUGGUCAAUUGAAAGCUGCCACAUCAAAAAUGGUUCAAGAAGCCAUGUCCUAUCUUGAUUCUACACCUAAUAUGGAAACAAAACUUGAAUUGAUUGACACACUUCGUACUGUCACAGACGGCAAGAUUUAUGUUGAAGUUGAACGUGCACGCAUUACGCGUCUUUUAGCAAAGAUUCGUGAAGACGAAGGAAAGACAAGUGAGGCUGCCGAUAUUCUUCAAGAACUUCAAGUAGAAACCUUUGGAUCCAUGGACAAGCGUGAAAAAGUCGACUUUAUCUUGGAACAAAUGAGACUCUGCUUGGCUAAAUCAGAUUACAUUCGUACUCAAAUCAUCUCCAAAAAGAUCAAUACCAAGUUCUUCCAAGAAAAGGAGAACGAAGUAAGUCCUGACCUCAAGCUUCGAUUCUAUCAUUUGAUGAUUCAACAUGCUUUACAUGAAGAUCAAUACUUGAAUGUACACAAGUUUUACAAGCAAAUCUAUGAUUCAGGAUCCAUUCAAGAAGAUGAAACUAAAUGGAAAGAAGCACUUCAAAAUGCCAUUUUGUUUAUCAUUCUUGCACCCUAUGACAAUGAGCAAAGUGACUUGCUUCAUCGUAUUUACCAAGAUCCCAAGUUAUCACACAUCCCAGAGUAUCAAGAGAUUGCCAAAUGCUUCGUGACAACUGAAUUGAUGCGUUGGUCACACAUGGAGCAAUCGUAUGGACAAUUACUGAGUCAAACAGAUGCUUUCAAUACGCACAAAGAAGAAGGACAAAAGAGAUUAAAAGAACUUCAUCACCGUGUGGUUGAACACAAUAUUCGUGUGAUUGCAAAGUACUAUACACGCGUCACUACAAAGCGACUUGUUCAACUCUUGGAUUUGAAUGAAAAAGAUACAGAAGAGUUCUUAUCCAAGUUAGUUGUCUCAAAGACCAUUUAUGCUCGUAUUGAUCGUUCUGCUGGCAUUAUCAAUUUCCAACCAAAGAAGGAUGCCAAUGAAAUAUUGAAUAACUGGUCUAAUGAUAUCAAUUCCUUGUUGAAUUUGAUUGAAAAGACAUGUCAUUUGAUCUCCAAAGAGGUAAGAGUUAUCAAUAUCUGUUUUAUUUAUGACUCACUAUUCUUUAUAGGAAAUGGUUCAUAG